AUGCUUUCGGUCGGUCGGAUUUCGUUGUGCCGCUCUUUCCAGGCACCAUCGACUCGACCCGUCCUCGCCGCCGUCGCCCGCGCGUUCUCGUCCAGCGCGCAGUCCACUGCCACUGGCUCAAUGCCCAUCGCACUGAGCCCUGCGCAGCCGCCGCUCACGAGCACGAGCCAUCCGCACGUCCACCGCUCAGCCGCCUUUGCCCGCCUCGAUCCCGCAGUCCACCUCCCGGAACUGACCCAACUCGUCGGCGGUCCUGCUGGCGUUGCUCCUCAGGACGCAAUGGACUUUCACAACACGGACUGGCAGGGGCGCUACCGGGGAGCAUCGAGUCUUGCCCUCCUCCCGUCCACCCCACAGCAGGUCGCUGCUGUGCUCAAGUACUGCUCGGAUCACCAACUCGCGGUCGUUCCCCAAGGCGGUAAUACUGGGCUCGUUGGAGGCUCUGUGCCAGUGUUUGACGAGAUUGUCGUUUCGACAGCUCGCAUGAACAAGAUUCGCUCGUUCAAUGCUGUUACCGGUGUGCUCGAGUGCGAUGCAGGAUGUGUGCUGGAAACGCUCGACAACUAUCUACUUCCUCGCAACCACACCAUGCCUUGGGAUCUGGGCGCCAAGGGGAGCUGUCAUAUCGGCGGAAACGUUGCCACCAAUGCAGGUGGGCUCCGCUUGCUGCGGUACGGGUCGCUCCAUGGAUCCAUCCUUGGUCUCGAAGUUGCUCUGACCGAUGGAUCGAUCUUGGACACGAUGUCGAGUCUUCGAAAGGACAAUACGGGCUACGACUUGAAGCAGCUCUUUAUUGGGUCGGAAGGUACUCUGGGUGUGAUCACAGGCGUGUCGGUUUUGACUGCCGCCAAGCCCAAGUCUGUUCACGUCCUGUAUAUUGGUUGCGAGUCAUUUGCCACGGUUCAGACCAUCUUUAGCGAGGCAAAACAACGGUUGGGUGAGAUCCUGUCUGCUUGCGAGUUUCAAGACGCACCCUCUCUCAAUCUGGUCCUCCAGUACAUUCCCAAUACUCGGAACCCCCUUUCUGCGUCGCAUCCAUUCUACGUGCUGAUUGAGACGUCAGGCUCCAAUGAGACUCAUGAUCUUGAGAAACUGGACAGCUUUGUCGAAUUUCUCUACGACAACAAAAUCAGCAGCGAUGCCGUUGCUUCACAGGACAUUUCACAAGUUAAAGCCAUUUGGCAGCUUCGCGAGAAUGUCGCGAGUGCCAUGAAGCGACAAGGCGAGGUUUGGAAGUACGACCUCUCGUUGCCCAUCAGUCAAAUGUACCCGUUGGUCGAGGAACUGCGCACUCGACUUCCUCGGGAGCCCGGGGUCCUUGCCGUUGGAUAUGGUCACCUUGGCGAUGGAAAUGUCCACAUCAAUGUGGUCGCGCCCACACGCUCGGAGAGUGUCCACAAUGCAAUCGAGCCCUUUAUUUACGAAUGGACCCAAAAGCACCGAGGUAGCGUCAGUGCCGAGCAUGGUCUUGGAUUCACCAAGGCGCAUUGCAUUGGAUAUUCCAAGCCACCGCGUGCCAUUUCGCUUAUGCACAACAUCCGAUCGCUCUUUGAUCCCAAAGGCAUUCUCAAUCCUUACAAGGUGCUGCCCCACGACUAA